UUGGUAUUUUUUGUUAUUAUUCAGCACCGGUCACACUGCGCCGUACAAAACCAAACUGAACUCAAAACAAUAUGGAAACUAUUAAUCCCACGUUCUCGUACCUCACCAAUCUGGAGGUGAUGCAGAUACUGCAGAAAAUCAAGAGCACCAAAAAGAAGUUUGGCAUGCGAAAUUUGGCCACAGUUACCUACGAGGCACUGCAGUACCUGGAGGAGACGCCCUGCAAGACCCAAACCCGGGAGUCUAUCAUAAACUAUGUGAAAGAUUUAUCUUCCUACCGACUGAAAUCUCACGAGGUCUUGCAAAUGGUCAAUGAUCCGCCAACGAGUGCACUUCACACACAGCUGCUUAUCGACGACAAUAAGGCUCCACUGACGGAUGAGGAGAACGAGAAGAUCAUCCAGCUAAGCUACAAACACUUCCAUGGUUCGGGAGAGACCAAAGAGGCGCCGGCUGAGCCAACUGCAAGGCAAAAGGCGAAGUCUGCUUCAGCAGCAAAGGCGGCAGAACCAGUGGUUGUAGAAGCCCCAGCAUCAGACGCUCCACCGGAAAAGGCACCAGAACCAGAGGUGGCAGAAGCCCCAGCUUCGGAGGCUCCAGCGGAGACGACACCAGAACCAGAGACUGCCGAAGCCCCAGUAUCCGACGCUCCACCAGAGAAAGAACCCGAACCAGAGACUGACAAAGCUCCAGCAUCCACAAUUGCAACUCCAGCAUCCACAAUUGCAACUCCAGCAGAAGAGAGCCAACCAGAAACCGAAACUACACACUCUGAAUCACAGGCUGAGCCAACGGAGGACACAGCAAUGGAAACCGAUGAUAAAGAGCCCGAAAGUUAGGCAAAUAAAUGACCAGCCACACACUAAA